AUGGACAUCAAAGCCGAGGUUUUUUUCUUGAUAGUAAAGCUGUUAGAAGAUGAGGGAUGUGUUACUGCUGCUGAGUCUUUGAAAAGAUUCAUUGACGAGAAAAAGUUGUUGCCUGCUCGUAUAAACACUGUCGGUGUCCCGUUUGACAACACAUUUGAAAAUUAUGAUAGCCUUCAUAAUCUGAGCAGACCAUCUGUUUUGGUUGAAUACUAUCAGCGUUUAGUGAAGCUGGUGCAUGAUAAUAAUAGAUGUGCUUCGCAUUUAAAAACCCUAAUAGGAAUUCAAAAUAAAGUAGAAAAAGCAUUUAGUACAAGAUGUAUAGAUUUUCAUAUCUCGAAAGAUCACAAGAAGACAAGGAAAUCUUUGUUGAGUCACUUGCACCAGCGCUCAAAAUUACAGUUUCACAUUCUUGCUCACCGUACAGCAAUUUACUGUUUGGAGUUUGAUAAGCGUGGAAAUUAUGUAUUCACAGGGUCUGAUGACUACACUAUUAAAGUGUGGUCUGUGAAAGGAUCAAGUACACCAUCAUGUACUCUACGUCAUACUCUUCGAGGUCAUGUUGCUGAAAUAAUUGAGUUAACUAUAUCUAUUGAUAAUCACCUACUCGCAUCGAUAGAUUCAAACUGCUGUCUGGUAAUAUGGUGCUUAAAAACUGGACAGCCGGUAGUAGCUGUUCGUGGAUCACGUAAUAAUCGAGUGUUGUCUGGUCUUGGUUUCCUCAAUUUACCUGAAACAACCUGGUCAAUGAACAAAGUUACAUCGAAUUCCAAUGAUAUUCAUCAUCCAUCUGGUAUGCUUAUAGUAUCAUCUUUUGGUGGUUAUCUUCACAUCAUACCUUAUAUUCAUACUAUACAUAAUACUCAAUGUAGAAAUCAUGAAUUCAAUAAUAUGGCUAAUAGUACUGAAAAUCGAUGGAUUUGUUGUUCUGUUCAACUUCUACCGACAAUUCGUUUUACCACAGCUCCUGAAGGUACACCGAAUGUAUUUUGGCCAUCUAUUACAUGUAUUGAUAUUAGUCCUGGUGGACUUUUAGUUGCAGCCGGUUGUUCCGAUCAACGUAUUCGUUUGUAUCAAUUCAUGAAUCCACUUAAACCUCAACUAGCCAGUGUAUUAGCUGCUCAUGAAGAAAGUGUCAAUAGUGUAGCAUUCAGUCAUUGUGGAUUGAAAUUAGCCACUGGCAGUUCAGAUGGUGGAAGUUGUUGGCUAUGGAAAUAUCAAGCAGGUCAAUGGAGAAGUAUGACAUUAACAUUUCGUAAAAGGGUGAAAUGUCGACCUUGUCUUUUAGUUUGGUCAAUACACGAUCAAUAUUUAAUUGCUUCCAUGAAGAAUGGAUCUGUUUAUGUGUAUUUUGGUCAUAGUGGACAAUUGGUUACUAUCAUUGAAGGACAUGAAGGUGCAAUUCACGCUGUCUCACCAUCACCAUUCGAUGAGAAUAUUUUAGCUACAGGCGGAGUUGAUGGUCGUUUUCAAUUAUGGAAUAUUUCCAAUCUUAGACGUUUUCAACAACAACAACAGCAUUCUGAUGAAGAUAGUCAUCUAUUGAUUGACAAGCCUUUAUUAUUUCAUUAUCGAUUUCCUCCUGGUGAUUUAGACAUUAUCCAAGGAUUAGUAUGGCGUUUUGACAAUCCUCCAGAUGAUCAACCAAUAUGGUCUGGUGUAAAUACAACAACUACAUUACAUCGUAGAACUACUACUACUACUCGUGAUGGUCAACAAUUUGGUGUAUUGGAUCCGUCAUAUCAUGCUCCCAUUGAUUCACAAACUGAAAAUACUACUUUUAUUACUAACAAUAGUAUUAACAAUCAUAGUAAUCAUACAUCAUCUCAUCAUCGUUCAUUGACAGGAUCUCGUUCUUUAUUGAAUACUACUAAUACUACUGCUACUGCUACCAAUACUACUACUAGAACAGGUUCAAUGUCCAAUACAAAAGUACAACGAAUAACUGCUUGUCGUGUACUGCCUACCAUUGAAGGUGUCGGAUUUCUUGUUGUUACUAAAAGUGGUGUUAUGUCAUUAUUUUCACCAACAGAAGAAGAACCAACUGAUUCAUCAUGUAAAUACAACACUGUUCAAACACCAUUAGUUGAUGAACAGUUUCUUCAUUGGGAAUUAGAUACAGCUGAAUGGAGAGAAGUGUUACCUGAUCCUCAUAAUACUACUAAUACUAAUACUAACAAUAAUAAUAAUAAUCUUAAUCCUAAUUUACUUCGUAUCUAUGAAAAUACACUACAAGCUUUAGGCAAUCCACCAGCUCAACAAUCAGCUAGUUCAUUAUCCAAUAAUGGUAGAAUAGAUGUAUCACGUGAUCAUUCACAAAAUAAUCAUCAUAGACGAUCAAUAAAUCACAAUCACAAUAACAAUAACACUAAUGAUAACAGUAAUAAUGAUACCAAUCAGUCAAAUCAAAUUCUUCGUUAUACACCACCACCAUCGGUACUCUAUGAAAUUAUUCAUGCCCCAAGUGGUGUACCAUUUCAUCGUUUACCACCGGGUUAUUUAACAAAUUUACGAGGUUUUCCAUAUCCAUCAAUACGUCAAUUACAAAUACCAGGUCGUGGACAUUUAAUGGUGCAACCAUUGGAUUUAUUACCUUCGGUGACAUUAGAUGAAGAAACUGGUGAAGAUAUUGUUGUGGAUGAUAUACAAUUUUGUUCCAAUGUCCCGUUAGAUUAUUGUCCAACACCGGAAUUAUCGAAUACUCAACCAAUUUAUGGUAAAAAUUAUUUCUGGUGUUCUCCAUGGUUAACUAAUAAUAAAACAUCCUUAAUUGAACCAUUAGAUAUGGACGAAUUGAAGUAAGC